AUGGAAAUAAAAAGCGAGAGUGGACUUCGAGUACUGGCCGUGAAUAUACUGGGUCGCUUUUUGUUGAAUCCGGAUAAAAAUAUUCGUUAUGUUGCCUUGAAUACCUUGCUCAAAACUGUCGCAAUAGACUACCAAGCUGUGCAAAGGCAUCGUACAACGGUUGUGGAUUGCCUGAAGGAUCCAGAUGUUUCUAUAAGAAAGCGUGCUAUGGAAUUGUGUUUCGCGUUAAUGAACAAAACAAACAUCGCAAAUAUGACUAAGGAAAUACUGAUCUUCUUAGAAACCGCAGAUCCUGAGUUCAAGGCAAGUGUUUAUUUUUAUUUUGUGACCGAAGUUUUCAAUAAUUUGCCGUUCCAACACCUUUUUUCCUCUGCCUGUUACGUGUCUGAAUGUGCGUCAAAGAUGUACGUCGCAACUGAGCGAUUCUCACCGAAUCACGAAUGGCAUCUUGACACGAUGAUUACCGUAUUGCGUUUGGCUGGUAAUUAUGUACCGGAUGAAGUGGUUUCGUGUAUGAUCCAACUAAUAUCCUCUCAUAGUGAGCUCCAACAUUACGCCGCCAUGCAACUGUUUCGAGCUGCUCAACUAGAUUCAACGAAUGCUCAACCACUUCUUCAGGUCGCAUUCUGGACUAUUGGUGAAUUUGGUGAUUUGCUCCUUCAGCCAGCUGAUGCGGACUCGGCAAAGGUGAGAUAG